GAGAGCUCACAAAGACUCGGGCAGCUGUCGGCGAUCUCUGUGGUACAGGGGCACGUGAGACGUGGGCAUGGGGAACUGCCAGGCGGCGGACGCGGCGGCCGUGGUGAUCCAGCACCCGGGCGACGGCAAGGUCGAGCGCCUUCACUGGCCGACCACCGCGGCGGACGUCAUGCGCAGGAACCCCGGCCACUACGUCGCCCUCGUCGUCCUGCAUCACGUCGAAGCCGAGCCCGAGCCCGCCGUCGCCGGAGAAAGAGGAGGUGCCAGGAUAACCAAGAUCAAGCUCCUCAAGCCAAAGGACACUCUCCUCCUCGGCCAGGUCUACCGCGUCAUCACCUCCCAAGAGGUGACCAAGGCCGUGCAGACGAGGAAGCAGGAGAGGAUGCGCAGCUGCGACGAGGCCAUCGAGCAGGAGCGGCCGCGGCUGCACCGCCGGCGGCAACCGCCGAGACCGAGGGGCGACGACGCGGCCACCACAGCCAACGGAGAACAGAGACAGCCCGCCGAUCACCAGGAACGGAAGCGGCUGGAGAAGGAUCCGCGCCACCGGAGCAUCGCCGCCGCCCGCGGCAGAGGCCGGCACUGGCGGCCGGCGCUGCAGAGCAUUACAGAGUCAUCGUGGAGCGGACACACAGACUGCGAGGAUACAUUAAAGAGACUCUACAUGUAAACGAACUAGAGGUCUAGAGUAGAAAAGUAGAAGAAGGUUUUGGGAGAGCAGUGUAGAAAUGUAUACAUACAUUAGGCGAUCUGAAUGUAUUCAUCGGCUUCAGUCCAGUCUGAAUCCGUUUUGGUGAUACAGUAGCACACAUUACACCCCCUCCUUCCUUUUUUUUCCUUUUUUGUUGAAAAUUACCCGUUCCUCUCUGGAGGAUGUACCGGUUUAUCCAAGCCACAUGUGUAAUUCCCAGUAGUGCGGAGGAUUGUUGUGCGACUGAAAAAGGCGUUGUCACAGAGUGCUCGUGGCUUGGGCAUUCAGUUUCAGUUUUCAGUU